AGAUUGAGCAGAGUUUCAAACAUGAAUCGACGUGUGGUUAUCCUGCUGCUCUGUGCGUUCCUCUGUGCCAGUGAGGCGUUUCACAGAAUUGCGAUGCAGCGACACAGGCACCGCAAGCUGCCACAUGGCCGACACCUGUGGGCCAGUCGGAAGCACAUGCGACGCAAGUUCGGAAUGCCAGCAGUAACGACUCAGAGCACCACCAACACGACCACCACCAGUGCACCUGCAGAGGCCAUCGAACCGCUCUUUAAUGCGUUUCAAACCCAGUUCUACGGACCUCUGUUUGUCUCCGAUCAAGCGUUCACCGUGCAGUUCGAUACGGGUUAAUCGGAUCUAUGGAUUCCCAACUCCAA